AUGUGGACCAACCGGGCACGACAACCUACGACGAAUAUUCUCAUCCUUUCUCGCCUUGCUAGAGCUCGCCGGCCUGCGGUUUCAUCAUGUCGUCUUUAUGCAAGCACUAACCAAGGCGCAUCAAAUAAUUCCAACUGGUUUCGAAACUCGUUGGGAUUUGCGGGCGCUGGAACUGCUGCGUUCCUAGUUUAUACAUAUGCUACCACUGAUAGCGACAAGCUCGGGGAACAAGCAAAAGCGAAGGGCCUUCCGAAGAUCAAGGAAGACCUAGGAACUCAGUUUGUCCACAAAAAGAGAAGCCUGAGAAGCCCUGGUGUUUAUCUCUGGGGUACCAAUGCCUACCGUGUUGUGGACCCGGACUCCAAGGAGUCCGUCAUCAAGACCCCUCGAAUGCUUCGAGAUCUCAAGCUCGAAGAGAAAUCCGGUGCUGCGAUUAGUGAUAAGGGCGACCUGAUCCAAUGGGGUAAGGGCUUCUCGGAGUCUGACUUCAAGCCUACGGAAACUCUGACCGGGAAGAACCUGACCUCAUUGUGCAUGUCUAACGACCGAAUUAUUGCACUAUCAUCCGAUGGAAAGGUCUACUCGCUACCCAUCUCCAAGAAGGACCAGCAGUCUGGUCGAAAACCUAAGGAGAGCUCGUGGGUUAUGCCGUUCUUAUCAGGCGAAGCUGGUGUCAGUUACCGUCAACUCCAACCUAAUUUGGGAAUGACCGAGAAGGUUACCGCUAUCAGUGGUGGAUCGGAGCAUGCUCUGCUUCUCACCAGCUCGGGCCGCGUAUUCUCCGUUGCGUCAUCGACGGAGAGCUACCCUACUUUUGGGCAACUUGGUAUUCCAGGGCUUACUUGGUCCACCCGGCCAAGUGGACCGGUAGACGCCUGCCAUGAGGUCACCGCGCUCAAGGACACUAAGAUCACGCAAGUGGCCGCUGGCGACUACCAUUCUCUGGCCCUCAGCAAGGAUGGUCAGGUAUUUGCUUUUGGGGAUAACUCCCUCGGGCAGUUGGGCAUGGAUUAUGACGCCUCUUCGCCGUUUAUUGAUACCCCCGUUUUGCUGCCCAUCUCGAGGCUGUACCGAGCUAACGAAUGGACUCCCACGGUAACCCAAAUUGCCGCUGGUGGCGCCAACAGCUUCUUUACAGUGGAUGCGCAGCGUGUUUUGGGUCGCAAAGAGGACGCCUCUGCGGUCCACGAUCUGGGCCAUAUCACAGCCGAUACCUGGACAUGUGGACGGGGAAUUUGGGGACUUCUCGGUAACGGAAAAUGGACUCAUCUACAAGAUGAGCCUACCAAGGUGAAAGCACUGAGUGGCCUGUCCGAGUUCGACGAAAGUAGACAAAAGGUCUCUCCUAUCCGGUUACGCGAUAUCUCUGUUGGCACGACACAUGCAGCGGCAGUAAUGGGCAACAGCACCCAUAUACAUUCCGCAUCUACCAAGGCUCUGGAGACGAACGAGGAUUGGGGGUAUGAUGCACUUUGGUGGGGAGGAAAUGAACACUACCAAUUGGGAACUGGCAAGCGGAGCAACUUAGCACGGCCAACAUAUAUUAAUGCUCCUCCAGCGCCUGGAGACAAGGACAAGGGAGAAGCACGGCUGCAAAUCAUGCCUCGUCACAAGGGCAAGGCUGGCAAACGAACCGUGGACAUGGAGCAGCGGGUCGAAUGCGGACGACAUAUUUCUGGCCUUUACUCUGCUCAAAAAAGAGGUCGUCGCGCGGAGGAGAAAUCCCAGAAGGAUGCCUCGAAACGAAAGCGCGAUGAAGCGCCCGAAGACUCCGCGCCGAAGCGUUUGAAAUCCGGCGAUGAGGUUGAAGAUGCGCCCAUGCAAGAAGCACCAGAUUACAUUUCCCUAGAUGGAAACUACGAUCAGGAGCAACAACUUAACAAUGAUAUACCUUUCUAUGGUCUUCUCGAUACGCAAGAGCAGGAAUACUUCUCGCAGGCGAACGAAAUAUUGGAAUUGAACCAGUUUCAGGAUGCGGAAGAGCGGAGGUUGUUCGUUGAGAGUGUCUAUAGAGAGGCCAAGGGGAAGGAGUUGAAGCUGGCAUGCAGUCAGUCGUGCUCACGUCUCGUGGAGAAAUUGAUCUCUAGUUCCGAUAUCCGUCAGGUCCGGAGACUCUUCGACAAAUUUAAUGGCCAUUUCCUGCAUCUCGUCCAGCAUCGAUUCGCGAGCCACUGUUGCGAGACAUUGUUUGUCCACGCAGCACCUGGUGUGACACAGAAAAACGGCAAGCCCAAGAAGAACAAGGAGGUGGAUGAAAUGGAGGAAGAUGAGGUCGAGCCACAGCGGACGCUGGCCGAGAUGUUCAUGGGUGUUGUUGAAGAAUUGCAAGGAAACUGGGGAUACCUGUUGACGGAACGAUUUGCAUCGCAUACUAUUAGAGUUCUGCUUCUUGUCCUUGCAGGCGAACCUGUUGAUGUCGCAUCGAAUGACUCGGUUGUCGCAAGUCGAAAGAAGGAAAAACACGGUAUACCAACAGCGACUGAGACACAGGAUGAGAGCACUAUUACACAGAAACGAAACAUCCCCGGGUCGUUCGAAGAGACAUUGAAGAAAAUCAUGAAGGAUAUGGUGUCUGUGCUUGAUGAUACAUAUCUUCGCGCCUUGGCCACCCACCCGGUGGGAAAUCCUAUUCUUCAGGUGUUGGUGUAUCUGGAGCUGUCACAUUUCGGUAAAUCUAAUGCUAAGGAGUCCAAUUCGAUUACAAGAAGAUUGAUUCCUGAUGAGAACUUUGAAGAGGGAUCGGAAAGUGCCUCGUUCGUCAGGGGCCUGCUCUACGACGCCGUUGGCUCUCGUUUGCUCGAGACCAUUGUAAGGUACAUGCCAGGAAAGCUAUACAAGAUUUUAUACAAGAACAUCAUUCGUGAGCGUAUUGGUUCUCUUGCGCGAAAUAUGACUGCUGGCUACGUUGUAAUCCGGGCUUUGGAGCGGCUUGGAAAGGAUGAUCUCCAACAAGCCAUGGAAUCAAUCAUCCCUGAGAUGCCUGGACUCAUCGAGCGAUCCCGACUGGUUGUCCCCAAAAUGUUGAUCGAACGUUGUCUAGUGCGCGGAGUCAACACUGAACCCCUGGCACACGCGUUGGAGAAUUCCUAUGACAAAGACCCGACCAUACGACUAAAACAAAUGCUCAGACUCGAAGGCACGGCACAGGGAAGUGGGGAAGAAGCAGAAGAGAAGCAGCAACAGAAGGGUCCUCCUCAGGCCUCUGCUGCUGAGAGGUUACAUGGUUCCUUGUUUGCGCAGACAAUGCUCACCGUUCCCGGUCCUCUCAGUCAACUGGUCUUCUCCAGUCUGACCUCACUAUCGCCAGAAUUGAUCCUUCAGAUCGCAAAAGACCCUACAGCCUCUCGCGUCCUGCAACAGGCACUUACGCAGUCAACAUCUACUCUUCAAUUCCGUCGACCAUUCACCACCCGCUUUUAUGGGCACAUGCAGGAACUCGCGCUAGACAGCAGCGGAUCUCAUGUAGUCGACGCAUUGUGGCAAGGCACAAAGGACCUGUUUUUCGUGAAGGAGCGCCUGGCGCAAGAACUGGCACAGCACGAAAUGGCUCUUCGGGAUUCUUUUGUCGGCCGAGCGGUCUGGCGCAAUUGGUCCAUGGACCUCUACAAACGACGGCGUGGCGAAUGGACAGGCAAGGCAAAGGGACGGGAUCAACACAAUGGUCAAGGAGAACGGCCCAAGUCUAAACUCGAAUUGGCACGGGCUCGAUUUGCGGCUAAGGCUGAUGAAGAGGCUAAGAGGAAAGAAGGUGAUCUCCUCAACGCAGUCGAAGACCUCUUGAUUCCAUUCAUCCAGUCCGCAGACGAGACCCCCUCCGGCCAUGAAAGCGCAACGAACGGAUCAAAGAGCUUCAGCAAGAUCAAAAAUGGAAAUAUCACAAAUCCGAGUACAUCGCUAGUGGACUACAAGAAGCCUGAGGAACUCCGGGAUAUCCUACAACUCGAACUGCCAAAGAAGGGCACCAGACAAGAGGGUCUGAUUGAAGUGCUCCGCAAGGUCCUGCGAUACUCAGUCAAUACCUGGCACCAGGGUUUCCUCGACAAGCUCUAUGCAUCAACGAACGCUCCCGGGGUUGCUGCGGAACUGAUCCUGGCGACUCUCAAUACAAACGUCCAUGUUUAUCAGGUUUCGCCGGCGUUGACGGUCAUUGAGAAACAUACUGGGCAGCAAUUGGCCUCGCUAUUUGGGCUUGAUGGUCCCCGUGCUGGUGGUAUUUCGGUUCAGGGUGGUUCUGCUUCGAAUACGACGUCGAUUGUCAUUGCGCGCAACAGUCUGUUCCCCGAUACCAAGGCGGAGGGCAAUGGGGGGUAUAAAUUCGUGAUGUUUACCAGUGCGCAUGGGCAUUAUAGUAUUGAGAAGGCGGCACAGAUGCUGGGACUCGGCAGUAAUGCUGCCUGGGCUGUGUCCAUUGACAAACAAGGCCGGAUGAUUCCGGCUGAGUUGGAAAGAUUGGUACUGAAGGCCCUUGGCGAGGGCCGCACGCCGUUCUAUGUCAAUGCCACAGCGGGGACAACGGUCAUGGGGUCAUUUGACCCUUUUGACGAGAUUGCUGCCAUUUGCAAAAAGUACCGGUUAUGGCUCCAUGUCGACGGCUCCUGGGGAGGCUCGUUUGCUUUCUCCAAGCGCCAGGCACAGAAGCUCGCAGGUGCUGAAAAGGCAGACAGCAUCGCAAUCAACCCGCACAAGAUGCUUGGAGUCCCUGUUACCUGCUCAUACCUUCUAGCCUCCGAUCUCCGACAAUUUCACAAAGCCAACACUCUCCCGGCCGGUUACCUGUUCCACAACGAGGACGAGACCAACGACGGCGGCCCCGUCAAGUCAGAAGUCGCAAUUGAUUCCCCAGAGGUCUGGGACCUAGCAGACUUAACCCUCCAAUGCGGCCGCCGCGCAGACUCUCUCAAACUCUUCCUGGGCUGGACAUACUACGGUACGGAAGGCUAUGAGUCACAAAUUGACUCCGCCUGCGACGUCGCAGCUCACCUCGCCAGCAUAAUUGAACAGAACCCCAACUUCAUCCUCAUCGGUAAGAACCCGCCCCCAUGUCUCCAGGUCUGCUUCUACUACGCUCCUGGAAAGGAGUUCGUCUACCCGCGCUAUGCUGCAGGCGUCGUGUCCAAUGAGGAGAAGCGCGGUCAGCAGAAUAGCAAGGUCACUGAACUGGUGACAAAGGCUAUCGUGGAUAAGGGCUUCAUGGUUGACUAUGCGCCACCUAGUGGUGAUGCGGAUGCUGUGGGUGAUGGGAAGUUCUUCCGUUGUGUGGUUAACAUCACCACGGCAAGGGAGACUGUUGAGGCGCUUGCGCGGGUUAUUGAGGAGACGGGCCCUGUGGUUGUUGAGAAGCUGAAAGCAGAUUCUGCCGAUUCUGCCUCCCCGGCUGGGGUUCGCAGGAGACCUGGCGAGAAAGGCCAUGGGCCUGUGGUUCAUCAUUAA